AUGAUAAACAUUGUAGGCAAUUACACGUAUGCAGUAAUGUGUGAUACCAGUACAAGACCGGUAAUAAUGUCAAUAAGCAAAGCUAAAGUAAAGGAUGGUUGGAGAUUUUGUUCAUCAUGUGAAGCAGUGUCACCACCAAGAUCUUGGCACUGUCAAAUUUGCAACACGUGCAUUUUAAAACGUGAUCACCACUGUGUAUUCACUGGCUGCUGCAUCGGCUAUUUGAAUCAUCGUUAUUUUUUGAUGCUAGUUUUCUACAUAUUUAUUGGUGCUACCUACUCAUUUUAUUACAACAAUUAUUUUAUUUGGAGUAAAUUAGUAUUUGAAUUCCCUCUGUCUAUUAUAAAAAUAAUAUUCCCUUUAGCAAUAUUUAUAUUUGGAUUUGAUGAUUCGUGGGAACAAUUUUAUUUAAUGAUUUAUAUUAUCUCUGUUGUUGGUAUGUUAUUUACUGGUGCAUUAUUUAUUUAUCAUAUAAGAUUAGUAUGUAAUGGUACUGUUGCAUAUGAGAAAGAUAAAAAUAUUUCAAAGUAUAAUAUUGGAUGGAAAGACAAUAUCAAAGAUGUUUUAGGUAAACGGUGGUAUGUGUGCUGGUUACUGCCUUACAUUAAAUCUGAUUUACUCCACAAUGGUUUAUUUUGGAGUACUGUUGGAUCAUGGAAAGAUAAUUCGAAACAUAGAUAA